AAACCCAAACCGCUUUCUUAUCUCUUGCCUUGUGUCCUUUGCUUCUUCUCUCUUUCUCUGCAACUAGUUACCAAUUUUUCAUGACUCAUGAUGGAAGGCUGAACUAGUGGGCAAAUAAAGAGUACUGUGAAAAAGAUAACCCCACUACUCAUAAAAGGGAGAAGAGAGAAAAAGAGAGGGGCUUUAUGAAUUAUCAUCACGGUUUCUUUUAAUUUUUUUAUUUUGUUUCAGAAUUUCCCUUUUACGUUUCGGUGCUGAAAUGGGAUUUUAGGGACCAGUUGUUUUGGUUUUACUCUAGAGGGUGUUCGGCUUUUUACUGGUUAGGCACUAAUUAUUUGUGCUGAAAUAGGAGUCCAAGACAGAAAUGCAAAAAAAUUGAAAGAGAGAAAUAAAGGUAGGCAAAAGAAGGAACAAAAAUACAAACUCUUCUUUGUUCUGCUGUCUGAUGCAUGCACGUCUGGUCCUUUGAUCAUGACCACUGAGGCUCUCUUUGCAUGUCGUUUUUGAGCCCCAUCGUGAUUCUAUUCUCAGAAACAGGAGAAGGGAGGGCGAGAAAGCCGGGGAAAAAGUCACCUUUCUUUUCUUUUUUAAAAAACCCUAUUAUUUUCUGUAUUUGUUCCUCCAAUUUUCUCAGUGGUUUAGGAAUGGAGGUCACAGAGGUUUAAUAUCUCAGAGAAAAAGAGAGCUUUCUAUCCAUGGAAACUUGUUUCUGGCUUUCCUUAGAAUGGUGGAUUUGACUUGUGGUACACCUCCAAGCCUUCAAAAUUUUAUACCCUCUAAAACUUCUUCAGUGAAGCUUCAAGUUGGUUUUGAUGUUGCCUUCUCAAACUCAUGCCAGUGUCUAGGUGACAACCUUGUCCUUUCAGGUGAUUCCUAUAAUCUUUCUGUCACACACACACACACACACAAAUACUGUUAUAAGCACUACAACUUAAUAAGGUUCUAAAUAUCUGGGAUAUUCCGUGUAUUGGUUUCACAGUGGGAAACAUAAAAUCAAAUUAUGCUGAGUGAGAGAUCCAGGGCAACGGUUUGUGAGAAGCUCUAAUGGCAGAUUCUGGUUCCUCAACAUCACUGGCAGAAAAGUACAAGAAACCCACUUCAUCUUUCUUUAGUUCUCCGAGGUUGUUCACCAAUUUUUCACCACAAGUGUUUCAUGAAACCGAAACUAUGAUGAGCCCUACCUCCAUACUCGACAGCAAGCCUUUCUCUGGCUUCAAGAACCCUUUCUGGUCCGAAACAAACAGCCCCCGAACCCCAGGGGGUGAACACAAGCGUUACUGGGAUAAAUUGGAUUCAAAAGGCGUAGGUCUUGGCCUAGUUGAUGCUCUUGUUGAUGAAGACAAACAUGGUGAAGUGAAUUCAAAACCAGAGAGCCGAAUGGUUCUGUUUGGAUCCCAGCUCAAGAUUCAGAUUCCUCCCCUUUCUCCGUCUGAAUCACCCAAAUUUAUAGUUGAUUUGGGCAUCAAGAUGAGAAAUUCUCAAUUGGGUUCUUCCUCUGGGAGCUUAUCACUCUCUCCGAUGGAAAACUCUGCAUCUGGUUGUGCCAAUCCACUAAUUGAACCCUGUAAUUCUCACCAAAUUUUCAUGGGGUGUCUCUCUGCAAGCGAAAUGGAACGCUCUGAGGACUACACUCGGGUGAUUUCGCACGGGCCUAACCCAAGAACCACUCACAUAUUCGAUAACUGCAUCAUUGAGAGUAGUUGCUUUGAUGUUGGGUGCCCUGCUUCUUCUGCCAAGGAAAAUGGGGGUUUUCUUGAUCACACCAGCUUUCCCUCUCAGACUUUUCUUAGCAUCUGUUUUCACUGCAAAAAGAAUCUUGGGCAGGGUAAAGAUAUCUACAUGUACAGGGGUGAGAGGGCAUUUUGCAGCCAUGAAUGUCGUUACAAGGGGAUGCUGUUGGAGGAAGAGAUGAGCAACUUGGAAAUCGAGGAUGUUUAUGGGACUUAGCUCCAUUCCUUUAGUCCCCACCCACCUAAAAUCAUUCGAUCUUGCUUCGAAGUGCUUAGAAUAACACCCUCUUUUUUUAUUUUAUUUUAUAGUUUUCUAGGUUAAUUUCUAGGACUAAAAAUAGUCCUUGGAAAUCCUGGAUCACUGUACCUGGUUUUGCUAUUUCUGCUUCUCACCCUCUCUGAGAUAGCAGUGUAGAAGAUAGAGAGGAAUUGAAAGGCUGAGACACUGUAGAGGUGAUUUUGUUGAAAUUAUGAAUUAGGGGAUUGCUGUUGGGUUGGGCACAGUUUUGUCUUUUGAUUGAUGUGUAAUGAUCACUAUGUAUGACUUGAGCUUA